GACUCGACUCACUGACGAAACUAAUACCUUCGUGUGACAAGCGACAUACACCUCAAAAUCACCAACCACCAGUAUCGGCACGUCAUUAUUAUAAGGACAACUUCUUCAACGGAGUCCACGCUUAAUUUUCUGCACAUUUCAUCGCAAAAAGUUUGGCAGAAUUAAUUCACAUCCGGGCACAGUUUCCGCUAAGAUGUUACUAUUAAGUGCCACGGUGCGCUAAUUAAUCACAGUCAAUUAUCAGGAUUGAUCGUCACCAUGUCGAACAAGCUCGUCAUUGGCGUCCUCUUCAUGACGUUUGGCCUCAUAAGUGUGUCCGAGGGUGCGAUUGCGUCCAUGGGGGAGCCGGAUUGGAGCAUCGCGAAGGCGGAAGUUGUCCAAGAACUGUACUCGUACGAACCACACCUUCCGAGGAGCCUGUUUCCCUCACUUUUUCGACCGCCCCCACUUCCUGCCGCGUCCCAACAACGCGUCCAAAUCGUCCCGACCCCCACACCGCCAAAGUAUGCAAAGUUCUCCAUCCAGGAUAAGAAGGAUCAGCCACCCCAAGGUCAACAAGGUCAGCCAGGUCAAGUCAAAUAUCUUCCACAGAAUGGCAGGAAUCAAAAUGAUAAUAAACCACCACCACUUAUCGGGUCUGGGUAUGGACCACCACCAGUUCUCGGCCCAGUGUAUGAAAAACACCCCACAACGCCGCCACCCCCACCACAAAGUCCGCCUCCUCCACCACAAUCUCCACCACCACACAUAAUCACGGAACAGCAGCCCAUCUACUCUCCACCCCAAAACUCUGGGGGUUACCCUGACGCCACGGCCGUCGACCGUCAAACCAUUGUCUGGCCAGACACGAUGGAGCAAAGUUUACAAAUGUCCGGAGAGGAGACGGCGCUUCGCUUCGUCGUCCACAAGGCUGGCGACGAGGGCGAAAUCCGCAAAGCGCUCGUUGACGAUGGAAACGAUCGUGGUCAGGACGUCAAGUUCAUUGAAGGGCCGACCCUGCGUAUCCAACGCCAUCAAAAAGUCUACCUCCCACCGAAAAAGAAAACCGUGGUGUACAUUCUACUCAAGGAGCCACAAAUCUUGACCGAUGUCGAGGUGGUUGGUCAAACUGAAGAGCCGGUACCCGAAGUAUUCAUCACUUAUCAACGCUCGGACGGUGGGGUGCGGACGAAGCACUAUUCGCCCGACGCCGUCAAAGGCGACAAAUACCUGCGCGAGCUGGGUUCCUCCCUCGGCGACCAUAACCACGUCACGAGGUCAAUCUCACCCCCAGCACUACAACAAGCUCCUCCCCCUUCCCAACUUCCGGUAAUCCUCGCUGUGGGGGCGACACCCUCUCCGGCACCCCCACUCCGCUGCCCCUCAAAUUCAAAUGGGGACGCCACCCAGCAAAAAUCCUGAUUUUGUUACCUUUCCCUGAAAACUUGUGAUAUUCAGAGACCAACUUUUAAAAAAACUUCCUAUUUUAACUAUUUUUUAAAUGCGUAGAUUUAUUGUUAUUGCAAAAAAUGAGAGAAAGUGAAAUAUAUAUUCUUUGUUACUAGCAG